AUGUCCUUACUGCCGCCCUUUGAGCAGCAGAUCACCCAGCAUGGCGGCGAUAUUGCUUGGCGGCGAGCCAAGGUCGACCGUGUCCUUGCUUCUUUUGAAGAGGCAAAAGUCAUCAUGUCGAUAGAUGGGAUUCAGCAUUGCACCAAUGUGGGCCAGCACCCGGUCUACAAGAGGUUCGCCGGCACUGAUGGAAACGGCCUCAAAUCACUCUUCUAUCCUCAUUUUUUUGUUAUUCAGGCCGUAUUUGUCAUGAAUGGCAGGGAAACUGGCAGUGCUAUUGAACGCAUGUACCAGGAGCUGUCGAGACAUUGGCUCAUGGACAUCACUCCGGACGUAACUUUUUAUCCUCGUCUUGCAGACCCCGAGAGGGAGCGUCAACUGAUCUUGGGAAACAUCCGAGGAGCCUGUGUCCCAAGUGAGAGACAAUCCAACAAACACAAAGAGGACAAACACAAAGAGGACAAACACAAAGAGUUGAGCGUCCACCUGGAAGCUGCCGCCAAGCUCUCCGCAGAAAUCCAGGACGAGGACGAGGUCAAACAACAACGCACUAUAGAUUUCCAAAGAAUGAGAGAUAAGCUGAGACUCGCUAAGCAAAGAAACUUGGAAGUCGAACAAGAACUCCAGGAGGAGAUACAGAAUCGGCGAAACACUGAGCGCAGCAAGCAGGCAUUGCAAAAUCGACUUGAGCAAAGAAUAGACCAGCUUCAAUAUGCACAGGCGCAAUUACAAGAAAUAAGCCAUAAACUUGUUGAAUCGCGACAACACGCUAAGGGGCUCCAAAACCAGCUGGGCCAGAUGCAAACAUUCAUCACACAACAUCAACAAAUCUCAAUGCAAAUUUCACAGCUUGAGACGCAACGCAACAACCGAAGCGUUAUGAUGCAGCAGUGCAUCAACACCAUGGCUAGACAAAGCUCUUCUCGACUCGAAGGGUCGAGCGCGGCGACCAAGCGUCCGGCUGCUGAAAUUGCACAUGGCGAGGGAUCCAAGCGGCCUCGACAGAACUAA